AUGCAUUGCGCUAGCUCGCCAGUACAACAGGCCCAGGACGGACCCAGCCAAGCGCUUGCUGGAGCGCCUGCGCCGCCAACGUUGGGGAUACCUCGUGAAAACUUCCGUGACAUACAGGUCAAGGUCCACAUUCGAAGGCCUGAGCGAGAUUCUUGGGUGUAUCUAGGACGAGGUAUUGUGUCGCAAGAGGUGGUCGGGCAUUCAUUUAAGAUAGUCGUUCGAAACCUCUCCUCGAACAAGGUCAUUACCUCAUUUGGCGAGGGCACCGACCUUCAGGCAGAAAGGAGAGGUAACUUUGUAGUCAUUGGUUGCGUUGAGGGUGUGCGUGUCGUUUCUUGGUCCUUGAACGCUCUGAAUAACUCGGAUACGCUUCGAUUGAUUGCGAGCAUCGAGCUUGCUUGCUACAAGAGCAAGCAGGCUCUGACCGAUCCUCGACUACACUCCAAGACCCGCCGCCGAAUAGAGCGUGUUAUCAAGGACGACAGGCGCAAGCGUCAUCGUAGGCGGAAAGACCAAGAAGCGCUCGUUGACGCUUUUGCGAAACAGAACCUUAGCAACGAGCCUAUGAGCAUGAAUUCUGAUGACGCUCAACUAUAG